AUGACGGUCCCACAAUCGCACACCAACGGCGCGACGCCGACGGUCGUCAACGGCACGGGCAACACGCCGGUGCGCUCGCUGCUGGACACGGACCUGUACAAGCUGACGAUGCAGCAGGCGGUGCUGCGGCACUACCCGGACAGCCACGUCGCGUACAAGUUUACGAAUCGGUCCAAGGACAUGCGCUUCACCCGCCAGUGCGUCGAUCGCAUCAAUGUCUACAUCCAGGCGCUGUCCGACCUGCGCCUGACGGCCGACGAACGGAGCUGGCUGCAGGCCAAGUGCCCCUUCCUGCAGCCCAAGUACCUCGAGUACCUCUCCGGAUACCGCUUCCGACCCUCUGAGCAGGUCAAGGCCACCUUUGUUCCCUCGAACGACGACCCGGAGGCGGGCGAGCUGUCGCUGCUCGUCGAGGGCCGGUGGUGUGAGGUCAUCCUCUACGAGGUCCCCCUCAUGGCCAUCGUCAGCGAGUCCUACUUUGAGACCGUGGAUCAGGCCUGGGAUCUCCAGGGCCAGCACACUCAAGCCUUCAACAAGGCGCGCCUGCUCUGCAGUAACGGGAUCCGCUUCUCCGAGUUUGGCUCGCGCCGGCGCAGGUCGUACGCGACGCACAAGACGUGCGUGCAAGGGCUCAUCGCCGGCGAGGCUACCGCGCUCGCCUCGAACCCGGCCAAGCCGGGCAAGCUGCUGGGCACGUCCAACGUCCACUUUGCGCACCUGUUCGACCUCGCACCCGUCGGCACCGUGGCGCACGAGUGGACGAUGGCUGUCGCGGCGCUCGAGGGGUACGAGCACUCGAACCUGCUGGCGCAGCAAAAGUGGGACGCCGUCUACUCGCCGCCCAACUUUGUCGCGUCGACGCCGGCGCACGACCUCACCAUCGCCCUGACCGACACGUUUUCGACGAGGGUGUUUUUCGACGACCUCCUCUCGUCCGAGGCCGGCAGGGAGAUUGCGCGGCGCUGGAGGGGGCUGCGGCAGGAUAGCGGCGACAGCAAGGCCUUUGCGCGCAAGGCCGUCGAGGUCUACGAGCAGCUCGGCGUCGACCCCAAGCGCAAGCUCGUCAUGUUCUCCGACAGCCUCGACGUCGACCGCUGCAUCGACCUGGCGCGCUACGCCGACGACAUCGGCAUCGGCCACGGCUUCGGCGUCGGCACCAACUUCACCAACGACUUUCGCAGGCUCGCCUCGCCCAGCGACCGCUGCGACGGCGCCGACGUCGAGGGCGAGCCCAGGCAGGGCGAAAAGUCGCCCGCGCUCAACAUCGUCAUCAAGCUCGACCAGAUCGACAACCGGCCCGCCGUCAAGAUCAGCGACGACCUCAGCAAGAACUGCGGCGACCCCGACGAGGUCCGCAUGGUCAAGCGCCGCUUCGGCCUCGAAGGAGCAGAGCAAGUCGAGGAUGCGUAG